AUGCUCUUAUCAAGAUUUGCAAAGGUGAUGGCCGUAUGGGAAGGGCUCAUUGGAAAAGCUAUUUCCAUCGCCCCUCGUACACGUACCUUUCCCGACAGUGUUGGGGGUUCCGACUCUGGAUAUCUGAGGCUUGACCAUGGACUUCAUCGGCGAGAGAAUAGCCGCCUGACCGCGGGCACCCUCACCAUUACUGUAGCCCCCGAUCCGACCUGCGGCUUCGACGCAAACGAGGAUGUCGUAACGUGCCCCAGCUCAAAGCGUUGUUCUUGGGAAUCCGGUCGGAUCGAUAAUGUCUUUUGCGACUUGAGAUACAUCCGAACCACCUGCCUCGACCGCACCGAUGCGUUAGACCCGGAUCUAUGCGACUUGGAUUGCAUUGAGGAUGCAAAUACGUUGCUUUGCAUCGAGUCCAGCCUCCCCUACUGCCUCCCGGUUGAGUUCAGCGGCAGCAUCAGCCAGUGGAUUUGCCACUCAACUUCAAGUUUCCUGGUUCUUUUUAGCACGCUCGAUAUGCAACCUCGAGACUUCACUACCGUUGUCCUGGUUGAUGGCAACCCUGUCACGUCGUGGACGAAUGCCGUGACUAUGGACCCACCAACUACAUCGACAACGAGACGAACGGUCACAGUUACGAAGGAAUCCAACGGGACAACUCAGACAAAACCUCCGCCCCCUGGGGUCAACGUCGGUGCAGUCGUUGGGGGUGUAAUCGGAGGUGUGGCCUUCGUCAGUCUGGUGGUCAUUGGAGUCACGUUAUUCUUGCGACGAAAACGCGAGAAAGCUGAUCCAAAUGACUCUCUCCCUGACUACGCCAUCCAGUCGAACAUGCCAGAUGCGAAAGCCAUGGCAGUCUCUCCAACUACAACCCAGCCAUACUCCCCCACUUUGAUCUCGUCGAUCGAACCCCAGAAAGAGGGGAUACCCCCUCCGGCUUCCUAUCAACAUCCAGAACCGUAUGGGACAGCUAGCGCAGGCCACCGGAGCAUGGAAGCCCACGAGCUUUCGGGGUUGGUGGGAGAUCACCAAUCUGGGCCUUCUCCAGGAGCGAAAUGA